AUGUUUGGUCAGGACUACCAGGUGUUGGUAUCUGCAGGCGGCCAGGGAGGCAGCCUGGGACGCAGGGAGCGCUCCGCCGCCACGGGGGUGUCCCAGUGUCCCAGUGUCAGUGUCAGCCUGGCAGAGGAGGCCUGUAAUGUCAAGUGUCAGUGCAGGUGUCGUCACCGAGGGUCCACGAGGUCGCGCUGCCUCUCUGCACCACACCGCAGCGCAGGCCAGCCUGUCACAUUGUGCUUCACUGCUCUCCUACACCCUGUGUUACAGUUGGAGCUCUCGGGUCGGGCCCCCAGCCAGACCCUCAUCACCUCAGGGGGCUCCGUCCGGCAGGACCCUCCCUGCCUGCUCAACAGCCUCAUUAUGUCCUCGGAUCCCUCAGAGCGUGGUGGCGGUCACAUGAUCUCGACAGAUGACCUGGAGUACCCGCGGGAGUACCGGACGCUGGGGAACGGGACGCGGCGUUUCUCCAACGUGGGUCUGGUGCACACCUCGGAGCACCGCCACACGGUCAUCGCAGCCCAGAGCCUGGAGGCCCUUACCAACCUGCACAAGGUGGACAUGGAGCGCAAGAGGGACGCCUUCAUGGACCACCUGAAGAACAAGUACCCGCCCCAGCUGCAGCACCCCGGGCAUCAGCACCACAACCCCCCUUCGCCCUCACCCUCCCACGGCAGCAUGAGGCAGCCUGACAGAGAGCGAGCCGCGCGCGAACAGCAACAACCCAACUACUGGAGUUUUAAGAGUCGUAGCCCACGUCACUCCCAGUCCACCCAAUCUGGGCUAGCUGACCAGGCCGCUAAGCUGUCGUUUGCCUCGGCUGAGUCUCUGGCUGAGACCAUGUCUGAGGCUGACAUCCCCCUGGGGUUCAGCCGAACCAACCGCUUCCGCCAGAGUCUACCCCUGUCCCGCUCAGCCAGCCAGAACAAGCUUCGCUCCCCAGGCGUGCUGUUCCUGCAGUUUGGGGAUGAGACGCGGAGGGUGCACAUCACCCACGAGCUGAGCAGCCUGGACACGCUGCACGCCCUCAUCGUGCACAUGUUCCCCCAGAAGCUGACGGCGGGGAUGCUCAAGUCCUCCAACACGGCCAUCCUGAUCAAGGACGAGGCGCGCAACGUCUUCUACGAGCUGGAGGACAUCCGGGACAUCCAGGACCGCAGCAUCAUCAAGAUCUACCGCAAGGAGCCCAUCUACGCCUCCUACCCCGCCACACACCUGGUCAACGGGGACCCGAGGAGGGAUCUGGUGUACACGUCCCGAGAGUCCUCCCCCACCCGCCGCCUCAACACCCUGCCCUCCUCCUCCGCCUCGCCCCCAUCCGGCUCCCCAUCCCGCUCCCGUCUGUCCUACAGCGGGGGUCGGCCUCCCUCCUUCGCCGGGCCGGGUAGUCACCCCCAGCUCCAACAACACUCCCAGCACCAGCAGCAGCACCAGCCCCAGCACUCCCACCACCCUGGAGCCGGCUCCCACCACGGGGGCCCCAACGCCGGCCUGUCCUCCUCCCCUAGCGCCAUCUUGGAGCGCCGCGACGUCAAGCCCGACGAGGAGGUUUCUGGGAAGAACAUGAUGCUGGUGAAGGAGGGGCUGUACGCCGACCCCUACAGCCUGGUACACGAGGGCCGCCUCAGCAUCGCCUCCACACAGUCGCUGGCCGCCAUCGGAGACCCCUUCAGCUUCCCCGUGUCCGGUGGGCUGUACCGCCGCGGCUCUGUGCGUUCCCUCAGCACCUACUCUGCUGCCGCCCUGCAGGGGGAGCUGGAAGACGCCCUGUACAAGCCUGGAGGUCCCCUCUACUCUGACUCCUACUCCUCAGCCACUCUGGGCAUGGGCUACCGCAUGCCCCCCUCCUCCCCGCAGAAGAUCCCUGAUAUGCAGCUGAGGGACAGGGGGGACUCGUACUCUAGCUCCCCCAGCCGAGCCUCCCCGGUCAGGCAGACCUUCCGCAAGGACUCAGCAUCCUCUUCCGUGUUUGUGGAGAGCCCCAAGUCCAGGCCCAGUUCCAGCUCUGACCCUCUGUCCCUGCAGGCCGGGCCGGGAGGGGACGGGAGCAGGUUUGCGCCGGGAUACAGCUCCCCACUCCCUGGAGAGACUUCUGAGUCCAGGGAUCGAUUGGAGCGACUGGAUCGUAUGGAGGCCAUGGAGAAACAGAUAGCCAGUCUAACAGGCCUGGUUCAGAGUGUACUGACCAAAGCCCCCGACAGUGACAACACAUGCGGCCUACUGCGUCUCUGCAUGAUGGCGGGCUGCCCUCCGGACCAGGGCUCGGAGUUCUCACGGCCCUUCCCUUUCUCUUCCAGCGAGAAGACCGAAUCCAACAGCGACGGCUCCGCCACUGGAACUCUGACGCCGUCGGCCCCGCUGGCUCUGAUGCCCCCCCCUCCCUCCGGAGACAGCCAGGUCACCACCGUCACCCGGCUGCAGAUGCAGCUUCACCUCCACGACCUGCAGCAGAACGCCACCGACCUGCGCAAACAACUCUCCCAGCUCCGCAAGAUGCAGCUCCAGAACCAGGAUAGUGUGAAGACGCUGCUGAAAAGAACGGAGAAGGAGCUGAAUGUGCGUGUGAGUGACGCUCUGAGGAAGCAGGAGGACCCUCUGCAGCGACAGCGCCUCCUGGUGGAAGAGGAGAGACUCAAGUACCUCAACGAGGAGGAGUUUAUCAUCCAGCAGCUCCAUGACCUGGAGAAGUCAGUGGAGGAUAUCCAGAAGGGUUCGUCUGUCAAUCACAAACUGGUGACGGUUCAGGAGCUGGAGGAGAAGGCCUCACUUCUGAGGAAACUAGGAGAGACACUCACAGAGCUCAAGAACCAGUUCCCCAGUCUGCAGAGUAAGAUGCGGGUGGUGUUGAGGGUGGAGGUGGAAGCUGUCAAGUUCCUGAAGGAGGAGCCACACAGACUGGACGCCCUGCUGAAACGCUGCAAGAGCGUCACUGACACACUGACCGCCAUGCGCAGGCAAGUGAACGAGGGCGUAUGGAAGAAGCAGGAGGACUUCCCCAAGCACAGCAGUGAGGACUUGCGUAAGAGUUCUGACUUUGACAUGCCCACCAGCCCCCCUCUCAACCUCAGUGACCUGAGGGGCGGCAGUAGCCUGUCUAACUGGAGCCCCCACUCCAGCCACAGCCAUAGUCACAGUCACGGUCAUGGACACAGCCAGCCCUCCUCUGGCCCUCACAGGGACAAUCAUCCCCCUGUGCCUCACAAGGGCCGGGCCCUGGAAGAGCUGGCCAACCGCGCUGCCGCUGAUAAGGCUGUGUCUGUGGAGGUUCGACUGGCAGCAGAGCGGGACUGGGAGGAGAAGCGGGCUAGUCUGACCCAGUACAGUGCUCAAGACAUCAACCGUCUGCUGGAGGAGACCCAGGCUGAGCUGAUGAAGGCCAUCCCAGACCUGGACUUUGCCGCCAAGCAGAUCAACAAGCCCUCCUCCAACACACCCUCCCAGUCUCAGACCCCCCAGAGUGGGGGAGGGACCCCAGAGCAACGCCCUACCAAGCCCCAGCACGCCACACACAAGCUCUCGGGGAAGGAACCUGGCUCCAGACGUGCUUCUGAUGCAGAGCAGCUGACAGUGACUCGCUAUCGUACAGAGAAGCCCUCGAAGUCGCCCCCUCCCCCGCCACCUCGACGCAGCUUCCCAUCAUCCCCGGCUGGCCUGAUCACCCGCAGUGGAGAAACCCUUAUCCCCGGCAAGAGCAUGAAGUCGGAGGUGGAGGAGGCAGAAGCACAGAAGCCCUAUGUGAAGCUGCGACGGACGGUGUCUGAAAACCCGCGUCCUGCGUCCACCCCUCCCACCAUCGCCUCUGGAGACAAGGAAGAGGGAGAGGAGGACAAGAUCGCUGCUGAACUGGAGCUGUCUAGAGCAUCGUUGGACUGCUCUGGCAUACAGUGGAAGCAGGGCAGCUCAGAAUGCACUGCCAGCAUACUGGCAUCACACUCACAGGCACAGAGCAUGGCCCUUCCUGGUCCAUCCUUCUCUCCUGUCCCCCGGAUUGUGCUGACAGAGUACGUGUCAGUUUUACUCUCUCCCUCAGAAGGCUUUGUCAGAGACUUGACACAGGACCAUCAGAUGUCCCCAACAGUGGACCAGUCCCAGAGCCAGACUGCUCCUCCCCAGACAGUCCCCCAGAUCCAGGAGGUCUCUAAGGGGAAGGAUCCCGUCAGCCAGCCCCAGAGGAAGCCUUCUCGGCGGGGGGAGCUGAGAAUCCUGGAGUCCUUUGAGAAGGAGGCAGAGAGGGAGGAGAGAGAGGAGCUGUCCUUGGUGCUGACUGAGCUGGAGGUGAUGGUGAUGUCACCCUCAGAGACCCAGAAGCUCAGCAGGACCUGGGGAGAGGCUCUACAGACACUCACCAUCCCACCUCAGCCUUCAGAGGGAAGCACUGAACCCCGUCUGUGUGGGGCUCCACUACUGGUACUAUUCAGGGAGACUGUGACGGUCAGAGAGGCCUACAGGAAGCUGCAGUUACUGCUGGGCAGGGAGGAGGACACAGGGUCAUCCAAGGUGGACCCCAAAACCAGAGCAGGUUCUUCUCACAGCAGCCUGAGCAGCAGCCUCAGUACCCUGGGUUCCAGGAUAACUCUCGCUCCUGAGCAGCAGGACUCUCUGAGAGAGGCUCUGAAGAGAGGGGUGGAGACAGGGGCCAGGAACCUGACACUCCCUCACAGCACUGGAACGAAGAGCAUUCUAGCCACCCUUCCGGAGCCCAGUCAGGACUCUGCAGAAGCAGCAGUGAAACCCAAAGGGUCUGCAGGUUGUAAGGAGAGCCAGGCCAGGGAAGAACAGGGACUGAACCCCUGGAAGCAGGGAGAGGACAUUAGGAGCAGCACCUACAGCAGGCUGGACAGCCUGGAUGAAACCAUCCGCGAGCUGGAGAACACCCUGCUGGAGCUCAGUGGCCACCCCACCACAGUGCAUCUCUCCAACCGCACACUCCCCACUGACACUGCCUUGUCAGAGGCUCCAGACCCAGCCCAGACGCCUGGUACCAUCACCUCAGAGACCAAGAAGCCCCCAGUCCCACCCAAGCCCAAACCCUCCUACACUCCUGCCACGAUGACCAAGGGAGGAAACAGCUCUUCAGCUGUGGGUAAAGUCCACUCCUCGGCUGCCUCCAGACUGAAGCACCUGCAGCAGAGCAGCACAGAGAAGACCAAAACUGGCAAGAGGGAAGACUUCCUCAAGGGCCAGCAGCAGUGAGUGAGGGACCAGCCUGUGCCCCGUGCCUGUCCUCUCCAGACUCCUCCUCAGCACCAACCACCUGACUACAGAGCUGCAUCUGACCCCCCACCCCAUCUCCUGCUACUCCUAGUCCACGCCCUUAAGCCCCCAUCCCCUCUGUUGGCUUAACAUGGGUAUUGGCAGUCUCUGACUCCUGUACCCUCUCAUGUCCUACAUUGACCCCACGAUGCACAAGAUAUCUACCACUCUCCCCUUGGUGUGUUUGUGUGUGUGUUCUGUAUGUUUGUGUGUGCGCAUGUCUGUGUGAAUGGAAGGGUGCUGUCGGGGACCACUACCAACUAUAUGACUGUACUCUCUUCUUUCAUUUCUCUUUUUCCCUGAAACCUUUCCAAUUUUCCCCAAUUCUCCAUGUUCCUCCUCCUGUUCCUCCUCUUCCUGGUCUGUCCCUGGGUCUGACCCAUAGGCCCAUGGA